AGUCGAAGUAGAUGAUCUGUCUUUGACGGCACAUUUUUUCGGUUUUAUUUCUGAUUGGUCGCUUCUAAUACCUUCGGGCCGCUUGAUAAGUUUUCGAAAACUAUCUUCUGCUUUCAAACUUAACGUUGAAUCCUUCACACUACCACUCCACCUACACUCCAUCCUUAUUUACUUGCCGGAAACUGAGCAUGAGGCUGCUCGCUCUGCACUCCUCCUGCAUCUCUACUUCUGCUAAUAUGAGGUAACAAACCUUGAACUAAUUUCUUGCCAUGGCGACAGCCCGGCAGCUGUACGCGGUCUCGUGCGAAUGUCCGCACGGGUUGCGGAUCGAGGUGGACUGGCAGCCGGGCGACGACGUGACGGCAAGUUUGUUCAUCGACCACUUGCUGGUUUGCCAGCGACAAAACCCGUUUUCCACGAGCAGCAGUGGCAAAUGGAUGCAUUUCCCGGUGCGCGUUCGGGAUUUGCCGCUCACAGCGCGCAUAAAUUUUCAGGUGGUACGCGAGAACGGGGGCAUCUACGAGACGGUUUUGCAUUUGUUUCAACCGGACGCAGUGCUGAAACAAGGGCGGCAGUUGCUAAUCCUGCGCGACCCGUUGGAGUUGGCCAUAGCCGAAGAGCAGGACGAGGUUGAUGAAAGCAAUGGUGACAGCACCGAGACGGCUGAUAUAAUUAGAGUGAGGUAACAAACCAAAUCUGGAACUUCGCGGUUGAGUUCUCAUCCGGCCGGCCGGCCGGAUGAGAACUCAACCACGUCACCGGCGGAAUCGAUCCGGCCGCCCGGCCGGCCCAGUCGUCUUCUCCCCUCCCUCAACCGGUGUGGACCCACUCUCACUCUGCUCCCCCGCUGUCCCGCCCGAGCCGCGUUUUAUUUACUAUGCAAAAAGCCCCUGUUGUCAUGCAAAAGCAGCGGAAAGCGCCGAAACCGAGAAAAACAGACGCUAAUAGUAAUUUAUUACUCCUUUAUUUGCUUUUCACACCACCAGGCAGGGCACUACUCCCAGUUCCGCGCUGUAGUGUUGUUUUGCUAUGCAAAAAGCCCGUCUCUUGUCAUGCAAAAGCAGCGGAAAGUGCCGAAACCGAGAAAAACAGAUCAUAUGUUGCUUCUUCUUCAACUGCUACGACUACUACUGGGCGCUGCUACGUACAACUACUGCUGGGUGCUGCAGUACACACUUACUACAACUUGGUUGGUCGGUGGUUGGUUACUUGGUUGUUGGUCGGUGGUUGGCGUGCCGUCGCGAUUCGAGAAGCCUAAGUGCAAGGCUUUUGCGUGUGGCACUCACGAGAAGGAGAGCGCGCUCCUAUUUUUGGAAGCAAUACGAGAAGAAAAAGCACAAAAGUGAGUAAGUAACUUUCUUUAUCGUGUCGGAUCCUCUAGAGGGAUCCUCAUCCUGCUCUGGCCAGUUUUAAAUUGCAACUGGAAGACCCUCUUCAUUUUUGAUCAGAAUUAGAUCCGCAUCCUGGCGCUGGCUGGCAUUGAUCAUUUACGAUCUUGCGCACGCUUACAUGGUCGAUACAGAGGGCGCGCUUCGUCUGCCGCGGAAGGUUGCGACUUGUCCCUGCGGGUUGCGAGUCUGGUUUAACUCGCAACCAAGUAACCAGUAGUAGUUGUACGUAGCAGCGCCCAGUAGUAGUUGUAGGAGUUGAAGUAGAAGCGACGUAUGAUCUGCUUUUCUCGGUUUCGGCACUUUCCGCUGCUUUUGUAUGACAAAAGAGGGGCGUUUUGCAUAGCAAAACAACACUACAGCGCGGAAGCGGGAGUAGUGCCCUGCCUGGUGGUGUGAAAAGCAAAUAAAGGAGUAAUGAAUUACUAUUAGCAUCUGUUUUUCUCGGUUUCGGCGCUUUCCGCUGCUUUUGCAUGACAAAAGUGGGGCUUUUUGCAUAGUAAAAACGCGGCUCGGGCGGGACAGCGGGGGAGCAGAGUGACAGUGGGUCCACACCGGUUGAGGGAGGGGAGAAGACGACUGGGCCGGCCGGGCGGCCGGAUCGAUUCCGCCGGUGACGUGGUUGAGUUCUCAUCCGGCCGGCCGGCCGGAUGAGAACUCAACCGCGAAGUUCCAGAUUUGGUUUGUUACCUCACUCUUACAGUUUCUUCGCCCACUGCAGAGGCAGAACAGGAGUUGCUGAAUUGGGACAAGUUACUGGAUCUCGCGGACCGUGGACUCCUCGCGGAAGGCGGCGGCUUUGCGCGUGAGCACAUCCAGAAUCUCGCGGACGAUGCUUUGCAUCGGCUGGGAAAGGAGGUGCUGACGGUCCACUUACCGUGUUUCACGUACCCGGUCAUCUGGGGCGAAACCACGUACGCGGAUUCUGUGGCGGUGCGACACAUGUACGCAACCAGCCCCAACGCGCCCCCGGUGCUGCUUGCGGGGGCGGAUGAAGCGGUCCCUUGGACGACGAGCUCUCAAGACGGAGAUGAUGACGACGCUGAAAAUGUUGAACCCUGCAUCAACAGCGGCGAGUUGUCACGUGCAGAAAGAGGGGGCAGUACGAACCCAAAAAAUAGCAUCACGCCUUCCAGCUCCAAAAGCACGGCGGUUUCGCUGAUGGACGUGUUGUCGCAAACGUGGUAUCCCGACACAGGCGUGGAUGCACACAGCGGGCUUGGCAGGUCGCACUUUGUCGUGCUCGUGGAUCACGAGCUGGAAAGCAAUUUCGAACAUCCCGCGCACCUCAAGUACCUCAAACUUCAAAAGGGCGAGGGUGGGGAGAAGGAACAGAGUCAGGUAUUGUAAAAUGAAUGUAGACUGAUGUUAGAAACAAAUUCAUGGAUCCACCAUUUAAGAUGAGAAUUCGGGGGGUAGUUCGUUGGGUGUCGCAAGAUGAAGAACUCACAUUGUAAAUAGACUCUCCUUUUCAAAUACCCCAGGGCGUCCUCCGUCCGAACGGGGAGGAACUCACCCGGUUGAACGAGCUGGUCCGGCGGCCAAAACGGACGUACAGUGUGGAGGAGAAGUUGUUGCUGUACAAGUUUCGGCACUCGCUGAUGGACAAAAAGGAGGCCCUGGUGAAGUUUUUGCUCGUGGUCGACUGGCUGGACGCGGCGGAGAAGAAGCACGCGCUCGAACUGAUGUCGCAGUGGCAGGCCAUCGACACGGAUGACGCGCUAGCGCUGUUGAGCAAGGAUUUCCGGGGCGUCGCCGAAGUGCGCCGGUACGCGGUGGACCGGCUGGAAAACGCGUCGCAGGAAGAGCUGCUCGGGUAUUUGCUCCAGCUGGUGCAGGCGCUGCGGUACGCGCCGGGCAACCGCGGCGCGUCCGGAGAGAACGACCCGUCGUCCGAAGUUGCGGAAGGGGUCGCAAAAGACGCGUUCGACAAUAGCGGGGAGGCGGACCCAUUACUGGUGUUUUUGAUACACCGAGCGCAGAGGAACGUGGUAAGCGAGGGUAGUAGUUUUGCAUACUGCAUAGAAAGCAGGAUCUUCAUGUCUGUAUAAGAGCCUCACUUGAGAAAUUGCUUAAGGAUUCACUCUCUACUACUUGUAUCUGCAGCCCGGUUUUGUACUUGUGACGUGGCAGCUAUCAGACAGGAAGAAGUGACGAGCUCGCCCUGCGUAAGUAUUGACUUCAUAAUUUCAGCACUUUCAUUCAUUCCUUCUUUCAGGUUCUCGCCACCUACUUCCACUGGUUUCUGAUCGCCGAAAUCGAAGCGAGCGACAGCGGGCAAUUUCGGGAGGGUGAGGCCGCGCUGUUCAACGCGUACAUCUUCGUGAAGGCGCGGCAGCAGCUGCUGGACUCCCUGGAGGAGAACCAGCCGGCGUUCGCGAAGAUCAUCACGGACCAGAUCACCUUCCGGCGGAAGCUGCUCUGGGCCAUGCGGAUCAGCAAGGCGCAGAAGCGGCAGAACAUCGAGCUGAAGAUCGCGAAGUUCCAGGACGCGCUGUCGGGCAAGCAGGUCCCGGACCCGGACCUGGGGGACCGGAUGGUCUCCAAGCAGUUCCAAGUGCUGGAUCUGCCCAUGAUCGUGGACCCCACCAAGCGGCUGGUGCGGAUCAUCCCCUCGAAGUGUUUCCUGAUCAAGUCUGCCAUGUACCCGGCAGUUUUGCAUUGCGAGGUCAAGGUAUGACAGUGCACAACCCCCCCUCCCCCUCUUUGUCAUGCAAAAACGCAAACUCAGCUGCUACCUUAUGGCACCGCGUGCAUGACAAAUUCCGGAACUCCAAACAGUACUACACUCGGCGCAUGAACUUGUCAUGCACAGGGUCCACCUGUACUGGUGUUUGUAAUGCUGUUGAUGCCAUACAAAUGAGGGGGAGGGAGAGUUGUGCACUCUCAUACAAGGACGAGAACGAAAUCGUGUCCCUGCGGAAGUUAUCAAAUGCAAAAAUGUCUGGGUCUGGAAACUUGUGAUGCUAAAAUGUGAAUGGUGGGCGCACUGCAAUACGCAGCCAAGCAUGACAAAUUUUUGAGCUGCUCUUGUGUUUCGUUUUCCGCAUGGCAGCCUGCGUUUCUGCGUGACAGACAAGAGGCCCUUUUCCUGCUCCUGCAUCAGACUUUCUCGAGUCAUGCCAGACAAGCAUGACAUUCUUCCAGACCCAGACAUUUUUGCAUUUGAUAGAAGUACAUGUUCAAAGAGGGCGACGACCUGCGACAGGACCAGCUGGUGCUGCAGAUGAUCAUUCUGAUGGACUCGCUGCUGAAGAAGUACGGUCUGGACCUCCGGCUCACGCCCUACCAAGUGAUUGCCUGCUCUACUGUAGACGGCUUCAUCGAAUUUGUUCCCGACGCGCAAAAUUUGUCCGCGGUUCUGGCGGAGAACAACAACGACCUGUGGGGCUAUUUCAAGUCCAUCUCGGCAGAAAACAAUGCGGCAAUGCUUUUGAAAACAUCAGCUUCGGGUGGUGGAGGUACUACCAAAGGAGCUUCAUUGUGUGGCAUUUAUACCACAUCAACAGCACAGCAAGGCGCUAGUGGAGGCUACUCGACUAGUAAAGAACUCAAUGUGACCAACAAACCCUUGUCGUCUACCCUAAGUUCUGCUACCUCUACUGCUUCACACCAGAGACCAGAGGUAGACCCGGAGAUCUUGGACAACUUCGUGCGCAGCUGUGCCGGUUACUGUGUGAUCACGUACAUUUUGGGCAUCGGGGACCGGCACCUGGAUAAUCUGAUGGUGUCGAAGUCCGGCCAAAUGUUUCACAUCGAUUUUGGUUACAUUCUGGGCAAUAUCCACUGCAAAGAAAAAUUACAUGUCGGGGGCUGGAUUAUAAACCUAUGAUGCUGCAGCUCGCUGAAUUGUGGAUGCUUUUUGCAACACUUGCAGUCGCAGAUUUUCCUGGAAUUAUGCAAGACAAUUAACAGAUACAGAAGCUUUAGUUUUCAUUCACAGCACCCAGGCAUAUUUGCAAAGCAUAAACAAGGACCCGAAGCCGCUACCGCCGCCGAUGAAGUUGUGUCGCGAGAUGGUGGACGGCAUGGGCGGGAAGGAUUCCACGGGGUACCAAACCUUUUUGAGCAACGCGUGCGAAGCCUUCAAAAUUCUGCGGCGGCAUCAGAAUUUGGUCGUGAAUCUACUCUACCUGAUGUCCGACGCGGGGAUUAAGGACAUCUCGCAGUUUGCCCUUUCAAAGCUGCAGGAGAAAUUCAUGUAUGCAAUGCAAAAGAAAUAUCGUUGAUUUGGUAGAGAAGAGUAAGUACGUACCUGCAAGUUGUAGGCUCCUGCAUUGAAGAGAGCGGAUGAAGCAAUUAUGCGAUUUUCUAGAUGCAUCUACUAAUAAAUCUCUAGCCAGCAGCGCAACUUUUGCCUGUCGGGUCUUGCCAAGAUUUGUACUUACACGACCUUUGCUAUUCCUAUUGCUUUUGCAAUGCAUAUCACGCCGGAGAAACGAGACGAGGAAGCUGAGAAGGAAUUCAUUUUGCUCAUUAACGAGUCCGUAAACGCGCUCUUCCCACAGGUCCUCGAGAAACUACACAAAUGGGCGGUGUACUGGAGGUAGACGGGCGAUGUACUGGACGCAGGUAAAACAAAUGGCCGCCAAAAGUGGUUUUGCAGAAAGAGCACAGUGCAAGAACAUUUUGAUGCAGCUCGAGACCAGGAGAAACGGGUCAAUAAGGGUGUGAACAAUAAAGCUCAUCUUUUUUGCUGCUGGUGGGUGCCUAUUUCGUUCUGUAGGAGAUGUGCAGAUGAUGAACCCGAAGCAAAGAGACUGAAAGUUGUGAAGACAAUAUGGC